AUGAAGAUGAGCCCCCACGAGAACACGAAACAUUUCCCCACGUUGGCUCCGGGGCCGCCGCGCAUGUUCGCUCCGCAGACGUCGACUGCUGUCAGUAGGCCAAAGAAGAAUUCUACAGCUUGCCUGGCAUGCAAACAAGCAAAGAGGAAGUGUUCUGGACCAGACCCCCCAUGUAAAGCUUGUCGAUCUGCUGGCACCAUAUGUUCCUUUGAUCCAACCCGAGACCUCAGGCGAAAGGUUGCUGUCAAGCGGACGAUCCAGGAGCUCACAAACUACAAAGACCUACUAGAUUCUUUGCUGAGCACCCUCGGGUCGGAUGACCAACUCCAGUUUGACAAAGUGGUGGAUUUGAUCCGGAAAAGGGCUCCGUUCCAAGACAUCGCCCAUGCUGUCGGAUGCUCGGUCACGACAUUCGGGGACCUCCAAGCGCUGUUGGAUGCCAGCAAACCAAUGGUUUUGGACUAUGGGGAGCAUCCCAUAGAAACUUCGGGCAACAGGGUGAGACGGCCGUCACACCCUGGGGAUAUAGCAAGCUCACCGAAUGAGAUCCCAAAAAUGAAACCUCCGCAGUGGCCAACAGCUAGCCCUUCUGCCCCCGUCACGCCGGAUGAGAUCCCAAAUAUGAAAGCUCCGCAAUGGCCAACAACUAGCCCUUCUGCCCCCGUCACGCCGGAUGAGAUCCCAAAUAUGAAAGCUCCACAAUGGCCAACAACUAGCCCUUAUGCCCCCGUCACGCCGGAUGAGAUUCCAAAUAUGAAAGCUCCACAAUGGCCAACAACUAGUCCUUAUGCCCCCAUCACGCCGGAUGAGAUUCCAAAUAUGAAAGCUCCGCAAUGGCCAACAACUAGUCCUUAUGCCCCCGUCACGCCGGAUGAGAUUCCAAAUAUGAAAGCUCCGCAAUGGCCAAUAGCCAGCCCUUAUGCUCGUGUCACACUGGAGAGCCUUUGCGACAUACCUCUCUUUGAGGUGCCGGCAAAGCCGUGGACGAAGGUCACAGAUGAUAAUUAUUUGGUCUCGCACCUAGUCUCGCUCUACUUUACCUGGGACCACCCAUGCUCGCAGUUCCUUGAUCAACGUAUCUUCCUCGAACAUAUGAAACUCGGGGAUCGAAGAUCAGAGUUCUGCACGCCCCUUCUCGUCAAUAGCAUAUUGUCCAUGGCCAGCGCCUAUUCUGAUAGUCCUGACGUUCUUUCCACUUCCGAGAACGUGUUCUCGCGAGGCCAGAACUUUUUCCAGGAAGCACAAAACUUAUGGGAAGUCGAAGAUGAUGGCCAAGACCUGCCUAACAUCCAGGCCCUCCUCAUAAUGUGCUGUGUAUUUAAAUGCCAAGGACGAGUCAAAAAAAGCUGGAUGAUGCUUUGUCAAGCAGUUCAGCUAGCACGGGAUAUAGGACUGUUUGAUAUCCCAGCAGUACCGAAAGAGAUACUGCCGGAGAUGGAACGGGUUCGCACGAUCACUGCCUGGGGUGUCUUCAGCAUGAGCUCACAAAUGUCGAUCGAGCUGCAGAAGAUUACUCCCUCGGCAUAUCCCACUUCCGAUGUCAAGCUGUGUGGCAACGAAGACCUUGACUGGACCCCAUACCCUCGCUCAAACAAUAUAAUAUAUGAUAAAAAGCCAGCCUGUCUGCCUCAAGUUAGGGAGGGACUGGCUGAGGUCACCAUAAUCUUAGUCGAUGUCCAGAAGCUCGUUUCUGACAAAAGUCGGGGUGCCAGCUUUAGGGAGUUGUGGAACAAAGCUCAAGACCCAUUCGAUCGUUUGAAUUCUUGGCUGCAACGCUGGCCGAGCGUGCCCGAGAUACAACGAAAUUCAGUCCCACAAGUCCUUCUCUUGCGAAUUAAAUGUCUCCAGGUUAUCAUAUAUAUGUUUGAGAUGUUGAAAGACCCUCAUCAGCCAGAAUCUGUCCGAGAUGCCCGAUACUAUCAGGUUAAGUCCGCCGAGGAAACGGCGCAAUGCCUUCGCAUCCAUCGUCAGUCGUAUGGCCUCAAACAUAUACCCAGCCAGGUAGUCGAUGCCGUACAGACCGGUCUCCGGAUCUUAGUUCAUGAGUUGGAAGACGAAUCAAGACAGGCGUUUGCUGAGCUCUGUCGGUUUGGAACAGCUCUUAGUCAAAGGUUUAAGCAAACAGCCGACGUGAUCCAUGAGAUCAGAAAUAACGCACUGCACCUAAGCGUACGACUGCCACCCGAGGCUAUUGCACUCUUCGAUGACCCGGAACAGUGGAGGAGUUUUGAACCCUGA